AUGUUUUCAGUGUUUAUGUUUUUUGUUGUUUUUGCUACAAUGGUUCACCAACUUCUUCCUCAAUAUGUUGCGCAAAGAGAUGUUUAUGAAGUUAGAGAAGCUCCGUCGAGAACGUUCAAUUGGUUUACUUUCAUCACUGCUCAACUUACUUCGGAAGUUCCAUUUCAAAUUUUUGUUGGAACUAUUGCCUUUUUUUGUUGGUAUUAUCCAGUUGGAUUAUACGCCAAUGCCGAACCUACUGAUUCUGUUAAUCAAAGAGGGGUUCUUAUGUGGCUCUUCAUCAUUUGUUUUUAUGUGUACACAAGCUUUAUGGGGGUUUUGUGUAUUUCGUUCAUCGAACUAGAAGACAAUGCAGCAAAUCUUAGUGUUAUCUUGUUCACGAUGUGCCUAACAUUUUGCGGAGUUCUUAAAACUGGAGAAGAGCUUCCGCGGUUUUGGAUCUUUAUGUAUCGUGCAAACCCCAUUACUUACUUGGUACAAGGUAUGUUAGCGACUGGAUUGGCUAAUACUUCGGUUCACUGUAGUGAUACUGAGUUGUUAACGAUUAUACCACCAGAUGGAAAGUCCUGUUCAGAGUAUAUGCAACCAUAUAUGAGCACAGCAGGCGGUUAUCUUUUGGAAACUAAUGGAUGUCAAUUUUGCAGACUCAGUAGUACUAACCAGUUUUUGCAAUCAAUUAAUGCUAUAUACAGUCAAAGAUGGAGAAACUUGGGACUUGUCAUUGCCUUUGUUUUUAUCAACGUGUUCUUGGCGGCAUUUUUGUAUUGGUGGGCCAGAGUUCCUAAAGGAGAUAGAGAGAAGUUAAACAAAAAGAAGAAGAAGAAAGAAGAAAAGGAGAAUAGAUAG